AUCGCAAAACGCCAAAUCUCCCGCGCAUUAUUUGAAUCAAGGGAGAUAACAGAAAUGUCCUCCAGCAAAAACCAAGCAGCAUCGGCAUCGACAAAUAUUCUAAACGGAGAAUCAUUAAAGCUAGCAAUUGCCAUCUCUCUUCUCCGAUCAAAGUUAUUGCAGCGUCAUCCUCCUCCUCCUUCACAGUCCGAUGAUGCUCUUAAAUGGAAACGAAAGGCGAAGGAGCGAAAGCAAGAGAUUAUCAAGCUCAAAGAAUAUCUCAAAGAAGCUGAAGAUGCUUCGCAAUGCGAUCUUUUCCCGCGCACUGCUGCUUGUAAGUGUUAUUUUUUCGAUAAUUUGGGGCAAUUAAGCCCUAAUCGACUUGGAGACGCUUCCGAUAAUAGAUUUGAUGAUGUUCUUCGUCGAAGAUUUCUCAGACAAGUUCGACUGAGAGAAAGAAGGAAAACAACUGGAUCAUCUCAAAAACGGCGUGCUUUCGGCUUUAGCGAUGAAGAUCAAGCUGGACAGCUUAGGGCUUCUGUUGAUUUUCUUGUUGAGCUUUGCAGUUCUAAUUCUCCAGUUCAAGAAUCUAAAUUCAAAAAUUGGUCUCACCAAGCUGUGGAUUUUAUUUUAGCGGCACUGAAGAAUCUGUUAUCCAUGGGAGAGAACUUGGAAUCUAUUGAAGGAGUUGUUAGCAGAUUAAUUACGUGUUUGGUUAGCCAGAUGUCUUCUCCAUCAAGAGGAGAUGAGGCAGAUAUAACUGACACAAAUUCCCAGCUUUACAUCCAGCAUUUGCUUCGGAAGCUUGGGUGUGAAUCAUACAUUGGACAACGUGUAAUACUUUCAGUUUCUCAAAGAAUAUCUGUACUGGCAGAAAGUCUACUCUUCUCGGACCCAUUUGAUAAAGCUUUUGCUGCUAUGAAUGAGUGCAUGUUCGUAAUGGUCCAGCUUAUUGAGUUUUUGGUAUCAGACUACUUGUUAACCUGGUCAACAAAUGAAGGCUUUGAAAACGUUGUAUUUGAAGAGUGGGUUACAUCACUUCUCCAAGCACAGAAAUCUGUUGAAGCUUUAGAAAGCAGAAAUGGUCUUUAUGUGCUAUACAUGGACAGAGUGAUAGGAGAAUUGACCAAACUUGUGGGCCAGGAUUCGGCACUGCAGAAAUUGAAUCCAGGUAUAUUUGAUACCCUUCUCCAUUAGUUUUAUAUCUGCAACUGCAAAAUCAUUUAGAUUCAGCCUUGGGAGUCGCAUACCUUAAAAAAUGAAAAGCAAUUCUUGGGAUAGCAAUGUGUAACCCGUGCUUAAAAUAGAGGACAAGUUUAAAGUAGUUUAAAGCAAUGUGUAAACGAAUGCUCUUUUUUAUCUGAAAACUGAAAAAUUGGUGUUG